UCAUAAAAUAUUUUGAAUUUUGAUUUGAAGUAAAGAGGCUCGUUUUUCUUAUCGUUUAAAUACUUCCCAUCUGUUAUUUUAUGUUUUAAAGUACCUAUUAUCUUCUAUUAUAUUAUCUUUGAUAAGCAAAGAACGGGACGUUUGUCAAGUAUGCCUAUUUAACGUGUUUGGACAGAAAAGAUAUAGGAGGUCCAUGUUUCUAGGUCUUUAAAUACAACUUCCAUCACUGCGUUUAUAGAUUUCUCAGCGAAUUACCGCAAGAUCUUUUAUGAGGUGGCAUUUUACAUUGCAUAAUGGUGGAAACGAAAACAAUUUUAGUAACAGGCGGUACCGGUUUAAUCGGUAGUGCCAUUCAAUCUGUCGUAAAACUUGAAGAGAAAGAGAAUGAAAAGUGGAUUUUUAUUUCCAGCAAAGAUGGUAACCUGUGUGAUUAUAGUGCAACGAAAAAAAUAUUUGAGAAGUUUAAACCGACACAUGUAAUUCACUUGGCUGCAAUGGUUGGAGGUUUGUUUCAUAAUAUUUCGCACAAUUUAGACUUCCUGAGGAAAAAUUUGCAUAUGAAUGAUAACGUUUUGCAAGUCAGUUAUGAAUUGGGUGUGAAAAAGGUGGUUUCGUGUCUAUCAACAUGUAUAUUUCCAGAUAAAACUGAAUAUCCUAUAGAUGAAACAAUGGUUCAUAAUGGUCCACCUCAUCCAUCAAACUUCGGUUAUAGUUAUGCCAAACGUAUGAUCGAUGUUAUGAACAAGGCUUAUCACGAGCAGCACAAAUGUAUUUUUACAUCGGUCAUACCUUGCAAUGUGUUUGGGCCCCAUGAUAAUUACAAUUCAGAGUCGAGUCAUGUUAUUCCUGGCCUUAUUAAGAAAUUAUUUGAUGUUAUGGAGCAAAAUAAAGAUACAUUUACUGUAAUGGGUACAGGCAAGCCUUUAAGACAAUUUAUUUAUUCGCUCGAUUUAGCUAAACUGUUUAUUUGGGUUUUAAGAGAGUAUGAUGAGAUAGAUCCAAUAAUUUUGUCAGUGGAUGAAGAAGCAGAGGUUUCCAUUAAGGAUUUAGCAGAAGAAUUAGUAAAAGCAUUUAAUUUUCAAGGCAAUAUAGUUUUUGAUACGAGCAAAGCUGAUGGGCAAUAUAAGAAAACUGCGAGUAAUAGAAAGUUAAGGAAAUACUUACCGGAUUUUCAGUUUACACCGUUUCCACAAGCAAUAAAGGAAAGCGUGGAUUGGUAUAAGGAAAAUCAUACGACUGCUAGAAAUUGAAAACUGUAAUGUUUUAACAGAAAUUUUAAUACAUAAUUAAUUUGUUGUGGUAUUUAAGAUGUACAAUGCAUAUAAAAUGAAAUAAUAAAAUUGUUUAUAUUAAUUA